AGGUGCUGAUAUUUGCUGAAGAUGAGUAGUGGGGGGAGGAAUACCCCAGAGCCCCCCAGAGGGGGGGAGUCUCUGAAGAGGAAGGAAUGUCAGUCAGACCUCAUUGGGCCCAGCCCUAAGAGGAGCACUGAGAAGAGGAAUCGGGAGCAGGAGAACAAGUACAUCGAGGAGCUGGCCGAGCUGAUCUUCGCCAACAUCAACGACAUGGACGACCUGAACGUCAAACCGGACAAAUGUGCCAUCCUCAAAGAGACGGUGAAGCAGAUCAGGCAGAUCAAGGAACAGGGUGAGGAUCCAUGUUUUGUUCGUGUUUAUCAGUGAGCUCGCUGUGGU